AUGGCAUCUUAUAUAUCAAGUUGUACUACUUCUAAUGAAAUAUGCAAUGAUAUUGACAACGAAACUUGUAGAAAUACUAAUGUAUCAUUAGAUACUAUACCAAAAUCAAUUCAACAAAAUAAAAAUGAAAUUGAUGAAAAUUUACAAUCGAUUACAUGGUUAUUUGGGCCAAAAAAAUGGUCACUUGUGCCAAAAAAAUGGUCAUUUGUACCAAGAAAAUGGUCACUUGUGCCUAAAAAAUGGUCAUUUAUACCACAAAACAAUGAACGUGUUCUGAUCAAUAUUGUCGAUAUCAACAAUAAUAUAACAUUUUUAUGGAAAAUUCGAGCUGUCGUAACUUGCGAAUAUCCCAAACGAACUUUUGUUAAUACACAUGGAACAGGUGAAAUUUCUAAUUGGGAUUUGACUGAUUCAUCUGGUUCCAUUACAUUGGUUGCAUUCAAUGUCAAUUCAUGUAUGAUGUCAACUAAAUUGCAAAAAGAUCAGGCAUAUGAAUUUACAAAUUUAAAUAUUCGAUCAGCAUCGGAUGCCUUCAAAACAUUACCUCAUCAAUAUCAACUCGUUUAAGGACGAGUCCUACGGGAUUUUGGUAUUUCAACUGGUGAACGAAAUGGUAAUAUUUGGAGUCGAAGAGAUAUUCAUAUUGAUCAAGACGGAACUCAUUUGUCAAUGACUUUAUGGAAUAGCCAAGCUCGAUCUGUUGAUCGAAAUAUGGUUGGACUUAAUAUAAAAUUCAAAAAUGUUAAAGUAUCAUGGUAUGAUGGAGCACGAAAUCUCAUUACAAUGGCUAAUUCACAAUUAUCAAUAGUAUAA